CGCCUUUUGCCAAUGGCUGCGAGUGUGAGCACGCCACACACACAUGGCCAGAUAUUUUGCUAUUUAUUUUAUUCAUAUAUUAUUUACUUAUUAUGCUGCGAUUACGACGACAGACCACCAACUGCCGCUAAGCCGGAUUCUGGAAAGUCCGGUCUCAGUUCUCUCCAUUCUCCUUAUUCGGUUAUUCCUGACUGGUUGGUUGCUUUAGUUCUGGUUGAGUUGAUUGUGAUUGAGACAUCUUUAUCUCUGGAGUCUGUAGUCUGGAGUCCGUACCUGCCUUGUCAGUGCUAUGGUGGGCUAGAACUGUGCUGAGGCCAUAUGUGGAGGACGGGACCUCCACAUUUAGUCUCUAUUCAGCUACCAUGUACUUCCGUACACACCAGAUACAUAUUAGAGUAUCUCUGUACUCGUAGAAUAUGACACUGAUAUUAUCCCGUGACGGAUCUUCACUCACAUGGCCCGAAGCACGAGGUGCU